AUGAGCGCCCUGCCAGUGGUCGUCACCCUCCUGCUCUGCGGGCAGCUUCUCGUGGUGGAAAUCAGCAGUGAGGACACAGGUAGGUCUGCCUAUGCCAGCUGCCCAGAGCCCCCCAAGAUUGAAAAUGGCUAUGUGGAGCACUCGGUUCGCUUCCAGUGCAAAACUUAUUACAAACUGCGCACUGCUGGAGAUGGAGUGUACACCUUUAACAGUAAGAAGCAGUGGAUAAAUAAGAACGUUGGACAGCAACUCCCUGAAUGUGAGGCAGUGUGUGGGAAGCCCAAGCACCCAGUGGACCAGGUACAGAGGAUCAUUGGUGGCUCAUUGGAUGCCAAAGGCAGCUUUCCCUGGCAGGCCAAGAUGGUCUCUCACCAUAACCUCAUCUCGGGAGCCACGCUCAUCAAUGAACGAUGGCUCCUCACCACAGCUAAAAAUCUCUACCUGGGUCAUACCAGUGACAAAAAAGCAAAGGACAUCGCUCCUACUUUAAGACUCUAUGUGGGAAAGAACCAGCCUGUAGAGGUGGAGAAGGUGGUUCUCCAUCCUGACCACUCCAAGGUAGACAUCGGGCUCAUCAAACUCAGACAGAAGGUACCCGUCAAUGAAAAAGUAAUGCCCAUCUGCCUACCUUCGAAAGACUAUGUGGCGGUGAAUCGUGUGGGUUAUGUGUCUGGCUGGGGGCGAAAUGCCAACUUCAACUUUUCGGAGCAUCUGAAGUACAUCAUGCUGCCUGUGGCUGACCAAGACAAGUGUGUGGAGCACUACGAGAACAGCACUGUGCCUAAAAAUAAGAGAGAUAAGAGCCCUGUGGGGGUGCAGCCCAUACUGAAUAAGAACACCUUCUGCGUUGGCCUGUCCAAGUACCAGGAGGACACCUGCUAUGGUGAUGCUGGCAGCGCCUUCGUCGUUCACGACCAGGAAGACGACACCUGGUAUGCGGCUGGGAUCCUGAGCUUUGACAAGAGCUGUGCCGUGGCCGAGUAUGGUGUGUAUGUGAAGGUGACCUCCAUUCUGGACUGGGUUUGGAAAACCAUCGCUGACAACUAA